UUUACUCACUGGAUCAUGGCACAGACCAACAGUGGUGGGCAGGGGACCAAUGGGGUGGCGGAUGAGUCCCCCAACAUGAUAGUGUACAGAAAGAUGGAGGAGGUAAUUGCACACAUGCAAGAUGAGAAAAAUGGCAUCCCCAUCCGAACGGUGAAAAGUUUUCUUACCAAGAUCCCCAGUGUUUUUUCAGGUUCUGAAAUUGUUCAGUGGAUGAUCAAGAAUCUGGACAUCGAAGAUCAAGUGGAGGCUCUUCACUUAGGAACUCUGAUGGCUGCACAUGGAUACUUCUUCCCCAUCUCAGACCACGUCCUCACUCUCAAAGACGAUGGCACUUUCUAUAGGUUUCAGACUCCAUACUUUUGGCCGUCAAACUGCUGGGAACCAGAAAACACAGACUACGCUGUUUACCUCUGCAAAAGAACAAUGCAAAAUAAAGCACGUCUGGAGCUUGCUGACUAUGAAGCGGAGAGCUUAGCAAGGCUACAGAGAGCUUUCGCCCGGAAAUGGGAGUUCAUUUUUAUGCAAGCAGAAGCACAAGCAAAAGUGGACAAGAAAAGAGACAAAAUUGAGAGGAAGAUCCUCGACAGUCAGGAGCGAGCGUUCUGGGACGUGCACAGACCAGUGCCUGGAUGUGUGAACACAACAGAAGUCGACAUAAAGAAGUCGUCCAGAAUGAAAAACCCACACAAAACCAGAAAGUCUGUGUACGGGCUGCAGAACGACAUCCGCACCCACAGCCCGACCCACACCCCCGCCCCAGAGGCCAAGCAGCCCACAGAAGAGGAACUGCAGGAACAGAUCACCUUUUGGCAAUUGCAAUUAGACCGGCAUCGACUGAAAAUGUCCAAAGUGGCGGAGAGUUUACUGGCCUACACAGAGCAGUACGUCGAGUACGACCCGUUCCUCACGCCUUCAGAUCCGUCCAACCCCUGGAUCUCAGAUGACGCCACGCUCUGGGAGCUGGAAGCCAGUAAGGAGCCAGGCCAGCAGAGGGUGAAGAGGUUUGCUUUUGGCAUCGAUGAGGUCCUCAAAGAUCCUGUGGGGAGGGAGCAGUUCCUCAAGUUCCUGGAGUCUGAAUUCAGCUCAGAGAAUCUCAGGUUCUGGCUAGCGGUCCAGGAGCUAAAGAAACGUCCCAUCAGAGAAGUUCCGACCCGGGUCCAGGAGAUCUGGCAGGAGUUUCUGGCCCCCGGAGCGCCCAGUGCCAUCAACGUGGACUCCAAGAGCUACGCCAAAACCACCCAGAAUGUAAAGGAUCCCGGUCGCUACGCCUUCGAGGACGCACAGGAGCAUAUCUACAAGUUGAUGAAGAGUGAUUCUUACAGUCGUUUCAUUCGUUCCAGUGCCUACCAGGAGUUAUUACAGGCCAAGAAGAAGAAAAGUAAGAACUUGUUCUGA